AUGGGGGACGCCUUCAUCCGCCACAUCGCCCUCCUGGGCUUCGAGAAGCGCUUCGUGCCCAGCCAGCACUACGUGUACAUGUUCCUGGUGAAGUGGCAGGACCUGUCCGAGAAGAUGGUCUACCGGCGGUUCACCGAGAUCUAUGAGUUCCACAAAACCUUAAAGGAAAUGUUUCCUAUUGAGGCGGGGGACAUCAACCCAGAGAACAGGAUCAUCCCCCACCUGCCAGCGCCGAGGUGGUACGACGGGCAGCGGGCAGCCGAGAGCCGCCAGGGCACGCUCACCGAGUACUGCAGUGCACUCAUGGGCCUGCCGGCCAAGAUCUCCCGCUGCCCACUCCUCCUGGACUUCUUCAAGGUGCGCCCCGAUGACCUCAAGCUCCCCACCGACAGCCAGGUGAAGAAGCCGGAGACGUACCUGGUGCCUAAAGAUGGCAAAACUGUCUCUGCCGCCACCGACAUCACCGGCCCCAUCAUCCUGCAGACGUACCGGGCCAUUGCCGACUACGAGAAGAACUCGGGCACCGAGAUGGCUCUGGCCACGGGCGACGUGGUGGAAGUCGUGGAGAAGGGCGAGAGCGGCUGGUGGUUCUGCCAAAUGAAGACCAAGCGAGGCUGGGUCCCAGCCUCCUUCUUGGAGCCCCUGGACAGUCCCGAUGAGUCAGAGGACCCAGAGCCCAACUACGAAGGGGAGCCCUACGUCACCAUCAAGGCCUACACUGCUGCCCUGGAGGAUGAGAUAUCCCUCCAGGAGGGCGAAACCAUCGAGGUCAUUCACAAGCUCCUGGACGGCUGGUGGGUCGUCAGGAAAGAAGACGUCACCGGCUUCUUCCCGGCCAUUUACCUGCAGGAGGCGGGGCAGGACGUAGUGCAGGCCCAGCGCCAGAUCAAGAGCCGCGGGGCGCCGCCCCGCAGGUCGUCCAUCCGCAAUGCACAGAGCAUCCACCAGAGGUCGCGAAAGCGCGUCAGCCAGGACACCUACCGGCGCAACAGCGUCCGCGUCCUGCAGCAGCGCCGGCGCCAGAGCCGGCCCGGGCCGCAGAGCGUGGGGAGCCCGCUGAAGGAGAUUGACCCCCCGAAGCCGCAGCCCGCGGUGCCCCCGCGGCCCAGCGCAGACCUCAUCCUGCACCGCUGCAGCGAGAGCACCAAGCGGAAGCUGGCCACCCCCGUCUGA